AUUUGCCAUAAAUAAGUAUCUGUAUUUAAUAAAAACAAUAAUAAUUUAUUUUUUUAAAUUAUUGUUAUCAUUGUUAAAUUAAUAUUUUGCUUAAAUUAAUGUUAAGUAAAGUGGUACUGAUUUGUUUGAUGAAAUCAACAUUUUUUCUUGGACUUUAUUAUUAAUUUACAAAUCACCUUAUAGUGGUUAAUUUAGUGUAAAAGUAUAAUUAUUUCUAAAUCCUUUGUAGUACACUAUCAGCACUUUUUUAUUAAUUUGCACAAGUGUGCUUUGAAAGCUUUAAAUAUAGUAUAUCAGUAUACAAUAAAUAAUAUAAGAUAUAUAAAAGCUUAACUUUCAGUGGAUUAUAAUCGACUGCACUUCACACUUUUAAAAUAAAUAUCUGGUACUCCAAACCAGAAUAAUGAGCCACUUCUGCACUUUUUUGUACAGAUCUCUGGUCAGGAUGUGGAAGCUGCUUCUUCAGGUUCUUUGCAUCACUGAAGUCCUGCUCUGUGCUGCUGACUCUCCUGCACUGAGCGAAGACACGCUGCAGAAGCUGUCUGCAGCCGGAGAGCGGUGUGUGGACGAGGAGAUAAAGCGAGCAUUACUCGGGGUGAAGCAGGUGAAGGAAACAAUGAAACAAAAGGAGGAGAAGCACAGACAUCUCAUGGACACUCUGAGACACAGCAGUGACAAGAAGAAGGGGGCGAUGCAGCUGGUCCGGGAAUCAGAGCUGAAACUAGAGGAGGCUGAGCAGCAGUGUCGAGUUUUAACCAAGUCUUCCUUUGAGGAAUGUCGACCCUGUCUUGAAGAUACUUGUAAGGCCUUCUAUACGUCUGCGUGCCGCCGCGGCUUCGCCUCGUUCUCAUUCAAGGUGGAGGAGUUUUUCAGAAAAAUGGCCGCCCAGCUGGAAGCCACAGAGCAAGUGUUCUCACCUGAGGAGCAGCUCACAGAAGAAGGAGCAGAUGCUGAGCUCCUGCAGGCGGAUGCAUCGUUCAGCCAGCUGCAGUCAAACCUCAGCCUCCUGUACGAGCAGAGCGUCACGCUGGUGAAAAGGAUGCAGCAGGAGCUCGGACGCUCCUUCCUGGCGGCCUUCACCACAGAGGUCCAGCCCGGCACGCAGGCGGCCCUGCACGGCGACUCCAGCGCCGGUUUCUUCAGGAUGGCCGGUCUGGACCACAUCUUUCAUUCAGUGUCGGACUUUGGGAGGAACGUGCUGGAAGAGCUCAGCUCCACGGUGGCUGAUGUGUUCGAGGAAAUACAAGAAGCAGAGGAGUACUUCCAGCAGCCAAGUACAGAUACAGGAUCCUUGUCUGCUUUGGGGCAGUCACAGAGCAGAUAUCUGUGCAGACGACUGCGCAGGCAAGCAUCUGAGUGCUGGCAGCUCCAAACUCUGUGUGAGGCGUGUGGAGAGUAUCUGUUAAAAGAGUGUCCGGGCGUGCAGCAGUUACACUCUGAGAUGGAGGAGAUGUACAUGCUGCUCAACGCCUCCCAACAGCAGCACGAUGACCGGCUGCAGCUGGUGCAGAGACACACGGUGGACACACAGAGGUGGCUCAGCAGCAUGUUGGACAAGUACGGUUGGAUCAGCAGGCUGUCCAACAGCACAGAACACAACAUCUUCAGUGUGAUCACAGUGAACCUGCAGCAGCAGAUGAAGAGCAGCAGACCUAAAGCUGACAGCAGUGUGGUGGUAACCGUUCUAGACUCUGGCCCAAUAACCGUCUCCGUCCCUGCACAGCUGGACGUGGAUGAUGAUGCUUUUAUCCAGUAUGUAGCUCAGGAGGCUCUGACGCUCCAUAAACAGCAGAUAAGAGGUAUUGAUCGCGACAGCGUUGAUGUCUAGUUAUUUGUUUUGGCUCCCAGUUUCACCUGGCAGAGCUCCAAAUUCAUUUGGGUGAAAUUAAUUGUGAUCAGCCAACUUUACACCAUCACAAAUCCCUUUACAUCACUUCAAUCUAAUGUUAUUCUUAACGAUAUAUCAACAAAGAAACAAUCAUAUAUUUAAUCCUUAACUGACUUUGUUUUAAAUGCAAUCAAUUGAACUGAAGCACUUGUAUUUGAAGCCAUGGAUCUAUAUCUAAACCAGUAUUCACACAUUACCUGAAUAAAGAGGAACAAUUGAACAAUUACA